AUGCCCGAUCAGAGGACCCGUGCCUGGCGUAAAGCCGAGAAGCCCCAUUCAGGCGAUCAGACUGCAAUGUCUGGGCAUAAACAAUAUAAAGCCCCACACAGCCCUUCUGGGAAUGCUAUGGUUCGUCUGGUCGACCCAAAUCAGGCUCAUCUCAACUGGACAGAGCGCUGGCACCUGGAUUACUUCCGCAAAAGUGCUCUGCAUCGUCGAUUUGAAGAGGUUGAAACCAAACAAAUUGAUGAUCGAGGAAGCCUGUUGGCUCUUACCCAUUCUGCUAAGGCGAUUACCUGCCUUCAGGGUGAUCUUAUUCAGGAGCAGCCGAGUCGCUUUCACAGAGAAAUAGUGCUCGUAACCUGCGUUAUUUGGAUAAUGCUAGCUCUAUUCCAAGAAGAUGUCUUUGCCGCCCGCUGCCAUUUUCCAUCUGGGUGUAGGCCUGUUCGGGAAUGGGUGGGUGUCGAAUAUGAAAAGAGCCCCAAUGGUUAA